UACUCCAUCUGUCAAUCGACUGUCACGAACUGCGGGCAUCAACGAGAACAGAACCUCGAUGUUGACAGAACCAAGUCUGCCAAUGUUCGUGAAGCUUGAGAGAGGUCAAGAUAGUUUAUUAGAGGGGGAAAGCAGCAAGGAAGAUGGAUACCAAAGCGGCGAAAGAAACGCCACCUUUUGAACUCCAAUUCAAGGGUGGAAAUCGAAUCGAAGCCAGCCUUCGCAAAUUGAUGGGAGGACUGAAUGUUUGUCAAGGCGGUCGUCGCUGUGCUGCCGAGGGAUUUCACGAUGAUGACGACGAUGACGACAGAAAUGGCUGCUUGGUAGAAACGAUUCCUCCCCAAGCUACCGGUGUUGACGAGUCAAAGCCUGACGAGAAUGGAGAAGAUUGCAAUCAGUCCCAGACAUCCAUUGCCAGUGCCAGCAGUGGUAGCGAAGAAUAUGAGGAGGCGGCUUCUUACCCCGAAACAAUCGACAGAUCUGUCCCUGCGCCUGAUAAUAUUGACGAGCCUAUUGAAAAACAAGAUCGCAGUGUAUCAUUCGAGGAAGACGAAUGCCAACAAUCAUCCGACAAGCAAGCUCCAGAGGAAAUUGGUUCAAGAUGGAUGGGAAUCAGCCUUGUUGCGUUACUUGCAGCAGUCUUUCUUGCCAUUUAUGCAUCGCAACACUUGGCAUUAAGCUCCCCACUGGAUUUUUCUCUGGAUUUAUCUCUGGAUGGAUUGAGCCUUCGAUUCAAGCAGGUUCUAGAAUCACACAUUAUGGAGUCUGCUGUUUCACAUCUAAACCUCAAUAAGAUUGUUCAGGAGAGUUUUGUUUCCUCUUUGGAGCAGGAGGAAGAUGAAGAAGAAGUAGCAGAACUCAAAGAAGACAACAAGCUCAAUGAGAUUGUUCAGGAUAGUGUUGUUUACUCUUUGAAGGAGGAGGAAAAAGAAGAAGACGAAUUGGCAGAACUCAAAGAAAACAACAACCUCAACGAGAUUGUUCAGGAGAGCAAUGAGAUUGUUCAGGAGAGUGUUGUUUCCUCUUUGGAGGAGGAGGAGAAAGAAGUAGCAGAACUCAAAGAAGACAGCAAAGCAGAAACUGAGGCUCAAAAGGAAGAUACAAUGCACGCAGAUCCCAACACAAAAGUACCAGUAGAAGAAAAAGAGGAAGUGUUGGAUUCGAAAACCGCUUUCGUAGCGGAGGAACCACUACAAAAGGAAGCUUCGGAAGGAGGGGACUCUAGUAGUAGUGACACCGAAGAGCAGAGUAUCAGAGAGGAUGACCUUUGCGAGAUCCACAAAGGGUGGGGUCUUGAUUCUGUCAUUCAGUCAGAAGAAAAUGGAGAUCACGAACACAACAACAUUGACGCUGCCAACAACAUUGACACUAGUGCACGAGUCAGUCAUGAGGUUGAGGAAUGAAUGACGGAUGGAUUCUACGGAACAAAACGCUACUAUUUUGAAUUGGAAAGGAUGCUCCCAGACUAGGUUUGAAUUCAGUGGUUCUGAUCAGCCCUGUGGGGCUCCUUUUGCUAGCUACCGUAGCCAGUUGGGGGUUCGAAAUCGCAAGUACCUAUUUGUAUGUUUGGAAACAAUGAAGCAGUGAGGCUUUUGAUGGGCGCCUCGCCUUGUUGUGCUGUGUGGGUAAAAGCUACUGUGCGUGCCAUGUAUGAAUGCAUAUUGUAUCAAAAGAGAGCAACGAAGCGAUCCCAAUAGGAAUUUAAUAAAGGAAAAUAAUCUAUGAUGCUUCAGCAUUUCAGAACAA